ACUUCUCCCGUCGACUGCCCCGCCGCUUUCCAGCUCCUCCCCUCAGCACUCCCUGUGCCGCCCAGCAUGCAGCACACAUUAAAAGCAGCCUUCUCCACGGACUCCCCGGGAGGGCUCCCGCUCCACGCCUGGGGAAUCCUGCAACACGCCGAGGCAGCAGCUUCCCUCCAGCCUGCGACAACGACAGACACAGCUCUGCUAAGACCACAUGGCCACUGCGGGAAAAGUUAUCAGGUGCAGGGCUGCUGUUGCCUGGGCCCCAGGCAAACCACUCUCUAUUGAAGAAGUGGAAGUUGCACCCCCAAAGACAGGGGAAGUCCGGAUCAAGAUUGUGGCCACAGGCAUCUGUCACACAGAUGAUCACACUUUGAAAGGUUCUUUGUCUGGUGUGGAAUUCCCAGUUAUUCUUGGCCAUGAAGGAGCUGGGAUUGUGGAAAGCAUUGGAGAAGGAGUGACCUCGGUGAAACCAGGAGACAAAGUGAUUCCCCUUGCCAUCCCUCAGUGUGGGGAAUGCAGCUUCUGCCGGAAUCCUGAAUCCAACUACUGCCAGAAAUUCCAUUUCUCUGAACCUCAAAACGUGCUGCCGGACAAGACCAGCCGCUUCUCUUGCAAAGGGAAGCAGAUCCAUCACUUCCUGUGGGUCAGCACAUUUGCAGAAUACACCGUGGUCCCAGAAUACGGCGUUGCCAAGAUAGAUGCUGCAGCACCUCUGGACAAAGUCUGCUUGCUUGGCUGUGGGUUUUCCACAGGCUAUGGAGCUGCCAUCAACACAGCCAAGGUAAAACCAGGCUCCACCUGUGCCGUUUUUGGCCUCGGAGGAGUUGGCCUCUCUGUUGUCAUGGGCUGCAAGGCCGCUGGAGCUUCCCGCAUCAUUGGCGUGGACAUCAACAAGGACAAGUUUGCCAAGGCCAAGGAGCUGGGAGCCACCGACUGCAUCAACCCUCGAGACUUCCAGAAGCCCAUCCAGGAGGUGCUCACUGAGAUGACCAGGCACGGCGUGGACUACUCCUUUGAGGCCUUCGGGCACGCAGACACCAUGAUUGCUGCCUUGGCUUCCUGCAAUAUGAGCACUGGUGUCUGUGUGAUGGUUGGGCUACAGGAUUCAGAGAUUUCCAUUGAUCCCACACUUCUGCUGACUGGGCGCACCUGGAAGGGGACUCUGCUUGGAGGCUGGAAGCCGAGGGAAUGUAUCCCCAAAUUAGUUUCCGGCUAUUUGGAGAAGAAAUUCAAUUCAGAUUUGCUGAUCACGCACACGCUGCCAUUCGCUAAAGUGAACGAGGGAUUUGAGUUGUUACGUGCGGGAAAAAGUAUCCGCACUGUCCUGCUCUUCUGAAGGACACGGCCAAGGAAGCCGAGUGGAGGGACCAGCGCAGCAGAUGCUCUCUGGGCCCUUCUCAACCAGCACCUUUCCUGGUGGGGCACCAGGAGAAGAGAAUGAGGAACUCACCUGUGCUGGUCUCACUGGUGGUUCUGCUGUGUCUGGAGAAAAUCCCUGGAAAAUGUUUUUACUAAUAAAGGUUUCUGUCAAACUCG